AUGUCUUACGGAGAGCUCGACAAUCUUUGCAUCAACACGAUUCGUGUUUUGUCUGCUGAUGCUGUUGCAAAUGCAAACUCAGGGCACCCUGGUGCUCCUAUGGGAAUGGCACCGGUUUCUCACGUUCUUUUCAAUAGGUUCAUGAGAUUCAACCCUAAGAACCCUGACUGGAUUAACAGAGACCGAUUUGUCCUUUCAAAUGGUCACGGAUGCAUGCUCCAGUACUCAUUGUUGCACUUGUUCGGAUAUGACCUUUCUUUGGACGAUUUGAAGCACUUCCGUCAAGUUGGGUCCAAGACCCCCGGUCACCCCGAAGCUGCCGAUACCCCCGGUAUUGAGGUUACCACCGGUCCCCUUGGUCAAGGUUUCGCCAAUGCUGUAGGUCUUGCCAUCGCCCAGGCACACACCGCUGCUAUCUACAACAAGCCUGGGUAUGACUUGGUUGACAACUACACAUAUAUGUUCUUCGGAGAUGGAUGUCUCAUGGAGGGUAUUGCUUCUGAGGCUGCCUCUACCGCCGGUCACCUGCAGUUGGGUAACCUGAUUGGUAUCUAUGACGACAACCAUAUCUCUAUUGAUGGUAAUACCAACUGCGCAUUCACUGAGGAUGUCUUGAAGCGAUUCGAGUCAUACGGCUGGCACUGUAUCCAUGUCACUGACGGUGACAAUGACCUUUCCGCAAUCGAUGCCGCUAUUGCUGAGGCGAAGACUGUCAAGGACAAGCCCACAAUUAUUAAGCUUACCACCACCAUUGGUUAUGGAUCUAAGCUCCAGGGAACUCACGAAGUCCAUGGGUCUCCCCUUAAAGCCGAUGAUAUCAAGAGCAUCAAGGAGAAGUUUGGAUUUGACCCCGAAAAGAAGUUUGAUGUUCCAUCAGCAGUGUACGAGCACUAUGGCGAGACCGCCGCAAAGGGUGCCGCUGCUGAGGAGGAGUGGAACCAACUUUUUGCCAAGUACCAGAAGGAGUACCCAGAGGAGGGUAAGGAUCUUGCUAGGCGAUUGGCUGGUAAACUUCCUGAAGGAUGGGAGAAGGCCCUACCUACGUACAAAUCUACUGACCCUGCCAUUGCUUCUCGCAAACUCUCUGAGACUAUCCUUCAGAAACUCUACCCUAUCAUUCCUGAGCUGGUCGGUGGUUCCGCAGAUUUGACUGGCUCAAACCUGACUCGUGCCAAAGAGGCUGUUGACUUCCAGCCCCCCUCUACUGGUCUCGGUGACUGGUCUGGACGCUACAUCCGCUAUGGUGUCCGUGAGCACGGUAUGGCUGCUAUUAUGAACGGUCUUGCCGCUUAUGGAACCAUCAUUCCUUAUGGUGGAACCUUCUUGAACUUUGUUUCCUACGCCGCUGGUGCUUUAAGGCUGUCUGCCCUGUCUCACCACCGCGUCAUCUAUGUCUCAACCCAUGACUCCAUCGGACUUGGAGAAGAUGGACCAACUCACCAGCCUAUCGAGACCCUUGCCCAUUUCCGUGCCCUACCCAACUGCAUGGUCUGGCGCCCAGCUGAUGGCAACGAGACCUCGGCCGCUUAUUACAUUGCCUUGAUCUCGAAGCACACCCCCUCCGUUAUCGCUUUGUCCAGGCAGAACCUUCCUCAGCUUGAAAACUCCACCAUUGAGCGUGCCAUCAAGGGAGGAUACGUCGCUGUCGAGUCUGAGGGUGCCCAAGUUACUUUGAUCUCUACUGGUUCUGAGGUUGGUAUCUGCAUCGACGCUGUCAAAUACUUGAAGGAGAAACACAAUGUUGUUGCCCGUGUUGUCUCCCUUCCUUGUUGGGAGGUUUUCGAUGCCCAGCCGAAGGAAUACAAGCUUUCCGUCCUUCCUGAUGGAAUCCCUAUCUUGUCUGUUGAAGUGAUGACCACUCUUGGAUGGGAGAAGUAUUCUCACGAGCAGUUCGGUCUCAACCGCUUCGGUGCUUCCGGACCUUACAAGGACGUGUACGCUAAAUUCGAAUUCACUCCCGAGGGAAUCUCUAAGCGUGCUAUUGCAACCAUCGAAUUCUGGAAGGAGGUCACCCCCAUCAGAAGCCCUAUCAACAGGGCUUUUGCUCAACUUAUCUAA